AUGAUUAAUAUAAAAAAUAUUGCAUAUGAAGGUGGAGUAGUGAGUAGAUAUUAAAAAGAAAAAAAAAGUAAGAAGCAGCAGCAUCCAGUAUUUGUGUUUCAUAUCGCUAUCUGGGAAUCUAGUGAAUUGCAAAAGCAGCUGGUAAACAUAAGGAUCGGACACAGGCGGAUAAUAUAACAACUGGUGGUAAAAAUGACGACGGCGAGUGUGUGCGUAACAAGUUUCCGUUUAUUAAUACGACAAACUGCUAGAGAUUUUACACACUACAAGCGACAAAAUGCAGGCUUACGCAUUGUACCAACAAUGAUAACAACCUUCAGUGCGAGAAACUCAUGGAAUUUAAUAGAACAACGAAAUUAUUGCACAAAAAGUAGAGAAAAUAUAGACUCAGGAGAUAUAUCCGUCGAAUAUGUUAAUGGCUUUCCGUAUUUCGUCAUACCACUACCCAGUAGAAAUGAAAAGUGUCGCUUUGCAUUGAAACCAAUUUCCCAUACGGUCGGAAAUUUUAUUGAAAUGUUGAAAACGGAAGAUCGGGGUAUUGAUCGCGCCACAAUACUUAAUAAAAAUGGUAUCCGAAUAGCAUCCUCAUGUAACGUGGAGAGCUUACUGGAUGAGCCGUUUUGGAUAUACAUUAAUGACCAGAAAUACAAAGUUGUACCACCUGAGAGAGAACGUGUUAUACUGGAAGAGCUGAAUAACCUGGGGAAAAUUCGAGCUUUAGUUGGCCAAUUAUACGAAGCUCUGAAUGUGGGCGAAUAUCAUAUACAAAAGGAACAGGAAUUGGUAACAAGACUAGAAGACUUAAAGUAUAAGUUAGCACCUUUGGAAAGUGAAAAGACGGAACUGAGCGAGCAAGCAAAACGCAAAACAACAAUAAUGAAUUGGUUGGGAUUGGGUUUGAUGUCAGUGCAAUUUGGAAUUUUGGCGCGACUAACCUGGUGGGAGUACUCUUGGGAUAUUAUGGAACCAGUAACCUAUUUUGUAACUUAUGGCACGGGUAUGGCCAUGUAUGCCUACUACUGCAUUACUCGUAUCGAAUACAAUAUGCCGGAUGUUAACAAACGACAAUACCUCUUAACCAUGUACAAACGUGCCAAUAAAAAGAAUUUCGAUGUAACCACUUACAAUAGUUUAAAACGUGAAAUUGCUGAAAUUGAAUAUGAUUUACGUCGUUUACGCGAUCCUCUCAACAUUCAGCUGCCUCCUCAUAUCGAUCGCUCUCAGCAGCAUCCACCUCUGGAACAAAAAAUAUCACGCAAAAGUGCCACAACAAAUUCGGAGCUGGCCGACGGCACAACAACGACAAAAAAAGCUGGCCUCAGUUUACCAUUUUUAAGUUCAAAGGCCUAAAAAUUAGAUUAAAAUAUUUGCACAAUUUACUUAAAAGUUGCCUUUUUAAAUACCCUCUCCGGUGUGUUUGAAAUCAUCCCAUAGAACUUUAACGCCAGCUUCAAGUUGGUCUCCUAUUUCAUUUAUUUUAUCUAUUUUGUGUGUAUUAGCUUUGAUGUGUUUCCUUGUCAUCGCUCAAAUGUCAUAGCGUCGUUCAUUUAUUUACCUAUUUAAGCGUGGGGCGUUCUUCAUGUACUUCAAAUCAUUUGGAUUGAUUUUAUUUAUAUUUAUUUAUGGUGUUUAAGCUAAUUUUUCAAUGAUUCAAUUAAUUAAUUGUUGUUGUUGUUGUUGUUUUUUUCUCAGAUAUAAAACUUAUUAUAUAAUUUAUAGUAAACGAUACAUUUUCAUUUACUCAGCCUACAUAUCCGCAAAUUAUGGAUAAGUAUAAUUAAUACUAGAACUGCCGAGAACUUCAGUUUACCUCUUUUCAACUUUCGAGCUUCAUAAAGUCAUGUAAUGUUUAAAAAUUUGUCAUGAUCUACUUUUAUGUAAAGGCCAUUAAAUAUCUAUAAUCUAAUCAAAUUUAGUCCCCUGCAAUGUGCAUCGAAAUGCUGGUCGCAUAACAUAGCAUGAAAA